AUGCGUCAAAAGAUCCCCUGGUCGCAAGCACGAACACUCUCGCCCAGGCGGCGCGCCGAGUUCUGGAACUGCGGUAAUCUCUUCAUGCAGAGACAAAAUGCACAUCUCCGGUUCAGUCUAGAUCCAAGGGCCAUGCACAAGUUACAACCUGAUCACCGACCCGGCUACACGGGUCGCCCGCUCCCCUUGGCAUUCCAUCAAGUCAGACCCCCUGCUCAGACAAAUCUGACUCGUGUUCUAUCAGGAAGUGGCUUCGGCUAUGCGGUUGAGAUCAGAUUGCAAUCUUCCAAAGGCCCUGCUCAUGACAACACGCUAUCCUGUGCCGUGCAAGAUACCGCUCCUGAGCAUGCUGCCGGCUCGUUAUCCAGGCACUCGUUCUGUGAGAUUGCCAUUCCCGCCAAUCGACCGGCGUGGGAGGCCCCUUUGCGAGAUCUUGCGGUGGAACACCACGUCUCGAGAAUAUCGAGCGAGAUGGAGGGCGGCCUGAGGCAAUGGCGCUGGCGUGAAUUUCCUAGUCUUGACACUGAAUCACGGCACUUGGCUAAUACGGGGUGCCGACUGUUUUCAUACCACGUGGCGGCCCAAGCCUCCAUUGUGCCGGACAGCGAUCAUGUCCGCCUGCUGCUUCGACGAAGUUUGGCGGUCAAAAUGAGAGACACCUCAAGCAACAUCGAGGUCACACCGCAACCGAAAUCACUCACGUCCUACUGGCAAUGGCAGUGGAGAAUUCCGUUGGCAGCCUCACUCGAAUGGGUUAAGAUUCCCUGGCACGAGUAA